UUACCUGGAUUUAUAGUGAGAUGGUGUGUCUUGUUCCUGGAGAGAUCAGAGACCGGAAGAGUCAGAGCUGAACCGUGUGGAGAGAGACCUACAGAGAGGAGGACACAGGGAGAAGGAGAGAGACCUACAGAGAGGAGAGGACACAGGGAGGAGAGAGACCUACAGAGAGGAGAAGAGGACACAGGAAGUGAGGAGAGAGACCUACAGAGAGGAGAGGAGGACACAGGGAAGAGAGAGACCUACAGAGAGGAGAGGAGGACACAGGGAGGAGAGAGACGUACAGAGAGGAGAGGACACAGGGAGAAGAGAGACCUACAGAAGAGAGGAGGACACGGGGAGUCAGGAAAGAGAUCUACAGAGAGGAGGACACAGGGAGAAGGAGAGAGACCUACAGAGAGGAGAGGACACAGGGAGAAGGAGAGAGACCUACAGAGAGGAGAGGACACAGGGAAGAGAGAGACCUGCCGAGAGGAGAGGAGGACACAGGAAGUGAGGAGAGGACGAGAGGAGGAGAGGAGUAUGAGUGGCUCCUGUGUGUGGGUCGUCCUCUUGUCCCUGUCAGUCUCCAGAGGGACAGUCUCCGCUCAGGUUGAAGCCUGCCGGACAGCGGGACCCGUCGACCUGGUGUUCCUGCUGGAUGAGUCUUGGAGCGUGGGCGAGACCAGCUUCUCCAGAGUGAAGGACUUCAUCUCCACCAUCAUGUCCUCCUUCCAGGGCCCGGUUGGGGAGCAGGGAGCCCGCUUCGGGGUCACUGUGUACGGAGACAUCCCCAGGAUGCGCAUCGCUCUGACCGACUACAGCACUCUGGAGGAGGUGCUCAAAGCUGUGAAGGACCUCCCCUAUGAGGGCGGAGCCAGCAGGACGGGCGACGCCCUCCAGUUCCUGGUCGACUAUGUGUUCAGCCCCUCCCUCACCCGAGACCACACCCCCAAGAUUGCUGUGUUGAUUACCAACGGUCGCUCUGACGACCAGGUGGAGGGUCCAGCCAAGGCAGUCACAGACAGUGGUAUAUCUCUUUAUGCCGUGGGGGUGAGAGGAGCUGACGAAUCAGAGCUGAGCAGGGUGGUGAGCCAACCCCAGGAGGAGCACCUGUUGCUAGGCGCCGACUUCUCUCUGCUGGACGGCCUUCUCCCCAGGCUGUCCCGGAGGGUGUGUGUGACCGCCUCCGAACCGCCGCGCCCCGCCAAACACGCACCGCCCGUGGAGGAGCGUGUGUUGGGCCCCAGGGACCUCCAGGUCAGUGAGCUGGCCUUCAGCUCCCUUAGGCUGACCUGGAGCCAGGCCACUGGGGACGUGACAGGGUACCGCCUCCUGGUCACGCCCCGCAGCCCCAAGGGAGCGCUGCUGGACGCCCAGCAGACACAGAUCAAUCUGAAGGGGGAUGUGAGGACAGCCAUGGUGACAGAUCUGAGUCCCAGUACAGAGUAUUUUCUCUCAGUCUACGCCAUCUACCCUGGACGCAUCGGAGACUCUGCCUCCACCAUCACUGAGACCACUCCUGUGCCUCAGGUUACUAACUUCCGCGUCAUCGAGGAAGGCCUGUUCUCUCUCCGUCUGGGAUGGACCCAACCCUUAGGGAAGCUCCACGGAUACAAGAUCUUCAUUCCCAGAACCGACAGACCAGGACUGACCUAUGACCAGCUGCUUCCUGGAGACGUCUCUACCCACGUGAUCGACAGCUUGGACGAGAAUAAGAAAUACACCAUCAGCAUCUACGCUGUGUACCCACAGGGGCCCAGCCAGCCGGUGUCUGUCGUCGGGAAAACACUGCAGCUGGUUCCGGUGCAGCAGCUGCUGGUGCAGAAUGCCACCACAGACACAGUGCAGGCCCGGUGGCCGUCUGUGACUGGAGCAUCGGGGUACCGGCUAACCUGGUCCUCCUCAGACGGCCAUAUUGAAAACGUCAACCUUGGGGAGACGUUUAACUUCUACAUGAUCCAGGGCCUCCAUGCUGGGAAGGAGUACGUCAUCACCAUCAACCCCAUCUUCGUAGACAUCGAGGGUCCCAUCACCUCGACCAGGGCCAAGACACUGGAGAGCAGUGCCGUUCAGACUCUGAAAGCUACAGGAGUAAACACCAACAGCGCUGUCAUCUCCUGGAACUCAGUCCCUGGAGCCACUGGCUAUAGGCUGGCCUGGGGGCCCACUCCAGAGUUCGUAGGCCGUGACCGGCCUCGCCAGCUGGCGCUGAACGACAGCACCACGGAGCACCUUCUGAAGAACCUGGUCCACAACACGGAGUACGUCCUCUCCCUCUACGUGCUGUUCGGAUCUCUUGUGGGGCCCGGCAUCACCGCCACCUUCCGUACCUCUCCGCUGGGCUAUGUGUCCAACUUCAAGGUGGCCUCCUACUCCAGCACCUCCGUUGAUGUGGAGUGGAGUCCCAUCGUAGGUGCCACUGAGUACAAGCUCACCUGGAGAGCAGACGCAGACGACAGCAGUCUUCAGUCUCACUACCUGGGCCGCGGUGUUCUGCUCCACCGCAUCGAGGGCCUCCACCCCAACACCGCCUACAUCAUCAGCAUCCACGCCGUCUACAGCAACACGGAAGGGCCUGAAAUAUCCCUGUCACAGCUCACAGCGGCCGUCUCAGAGUCGGACGUGAUUGAGGCGGUGAGGGAGGUGAAGGUCCUGGACGUAGGGGUCAACUCCUUCACCCUCUCCUGGAAGAGAACAGCCAGGGUGUCUGGAUACAAGAUCACCUGGAGCCCCUUUCUAGGUGGCGAUGAGAAACAUCAGCUGGUCUCUUCCUCCAGCACCACCUUCACCAUUCCCAACCUGCAGGAGAGUUCAGCUUACAAGAUCCUGGUGUCGUCCAUGGUGGGGGGUCGGGAGGGGAGUCCAGCCCUGGUCACUGCCCGCACCUUGGACUUGCCCAAGGUGAACGGCUUUGCUGCCCUGGACACCACAGACAGCAGCACCUUCCUCAACUGGACCAGCGUUGAAGGGGCUUCUGGGUACCUGCUCUCCUGGAGACACAUAUCAGAGUUGGAAACCACUUCGGACGUGCUCGGACCUAGUUUCACCUCCUAUAAGAUCGGUGGGCUACUUUACGGCCGAACCUACAUAUUCACCAUCCGACCUCUCUACGGUGAAGUGGAGGGGCCCAUAACCAGCAUCUACCACAAGAUAGUCGCAAGUGCCCCUGCACCUGUGCCUGUGGGGUCUGUGUCAGCCAGCGCUGCCCCUGAACCGUCUGUAGUCACGGCAUCCCGCACCAGAGACGCCUCCGCGGCUCAGACCACCACCAGGAACACCCGGACCCCCCUCGCGGAGCCUCCCUCCAACACGACCACCAAGAAACCCCACAGAGGAGCAAGGACCACCGUCGUCAAGGCCGCGGUUGCCACCACCGACCAGUUCACCACGACGACCAGAGACGUGUCUCUAUGGGAGACCACAGCUGGACCAGUCUGUGGAAAGACCAAAGCAGACAUUGUGUUCUUGGUGGACGAGUCUUGGAGCGUAGGUGCCAACAACUUUGUCAAACUGAAAGACUUCAUGUUCCGGAUUGUCACCUACUUCCCUGUCAUCGGCCCUCACGGGACGCAGAUUGCGGUGGUGCACUACAGCGACGAGCCUCGGGUUGAGUUCCGUCUCAACAAGUACAAGGACAGGAACUCCAUUCUCCGAGCGCUCAGAGGGAUCCGCUACGGGGGAGGGAACACCAGGACAGGGAAGGGCAUCAGCUACGUGCUGAGGGAGCUGUUCCAGGAGAGUCUGGGCAUGAGGCAGGAUGUGGCCCACGUGCUGGUGCUGAUCACUGACGGGCGAGCCCUUGACGACGUGGAGCCACCCUCAAGGAUCGCUCACGCUCUCGGCGUGAGCGUCUUGGCUGUGGGAGUAGCUGACGCAGACAUCGAGGAGCUGAAGAAGAUCGCCUCUCCCAGCAGCUACAAGAACAUCUUCUACGCCAGCACCUUUGACGACUUCCCCUCCAUCGAGAGAGAGUUCAUCAGCAACAUCUGCAGCGAGGCACUGCUCUCAGAAUUCAAACAACACGACGAGUCUACCCAGCUGGAUACCCCGACAGACGAUCCUGAUGAACUAACCAAACCACAGGGACCCUGUCCCUCCCAGUGUGUCAAAGGUCAGAAAGGUGACAAGGGAGACGGCUCUGGUGUUGGAGGCCUGAGCCUGAAACAGGGCCCAGCGGGGUACGACCCUUUCAGUUUGAAAUCUAAAGGAGAGAAGGGAGAGAGGGGACUCCCUGGAACAGAUGGUGUCCCAGGGUUGCCAGGACGACCUGGUAGAACCGGACCACCAGGAUCCGCUGGACAGCGGGGUACAGAAGGAGUCCCAGGUGAUAUGGGUCCUGCUGGUAUCACAGGACCAAAGGGACAGAGAGGAGAGAGGGGGGAGCCUGGGUACGUCAUAGGGGGCAUGGACACACUGACCCCAGGACGGAAAGGGGAACCGGGAUCGUCUGGCCCUCAAGGCCCUCAAGGCUCCCAGGGACCCCAGGGUGCCCCAGGGGUCCCCGGGGUCCCUGGAUCUUCUGGGCUCCCUGGACAAGCCGGACCCAUUGGGCCCCCUGGCCUGUCCGUCAAGGGGGAGCAUGGAGAACCAGGAGCCAAAGGCUUGCGUGGAAAACAAGGUCUGAAGGGUGACCAAGGAGAGAACGGCAGAGACGGCAUGGCAGGUUUACCUGGACCAAUAGGGAUUGAUGGGGUUCCAGGGUUCACAGGUCAAAAGGGCGAGAGGGGAGAGGAAGGGAUUGGGGUCCAAGGUGUUCAAGGUCCUCGUGGAGAGCCGGGAGAUAAGGGACAUCAUGGUCUAAAUGGACCUCAGGGGACAAAGGGUGAGGCGGGCGUCCAGGGCGUCCAAGGAGCAGUCGGGCCACGGGGGAAGAAAGGGUUGAAAGGGGAGCAGGGGAACAAGGGUGACCGUGGAGAUGGAGGGAGUGUAGGGCCUCAGGGACUGACGGGCCUGGGCGGAGCGACGGGACCUAAGGGUGAUGAAGGACAAAGAGGCCUGCCUGGCGAUCCAGCAAAAGGGAUUCUUGGUCCAACAGGGAAAAAGGGAACCAGAGGAGAUGUUGGGCCGGUGGGACCUGCUGGACUUCAAGGGAUAAAAGGCCUUCAAGGACUGAAGGGAGAAAAGGGCAGUCCAGGGUUCGGGAUUCCUGGACAACAGGGACCCAAGGGAGAGAACGGCGAAAGGGGAAAUGUCGGUUUGUCAGGUAAACCAGGGCCCAAGGGACAGGAUGGCUCUGGAGGUGUCAAAGGGGCGGUUGGUUUCCCAGGAAAUCCUGGAGCACCAGGACUUAGAGGUAAAGAUGGUCUACCUGGCUUGAAAGGAGAUUCGGGGGCGAGGGGAGACCAGGGUACUGCUGGGGAGCCGGGUGACCGAGGGAUCAGGGGCCCGCUGGGGUUACCCGGGCGACCCGGAGACCCAGGACAAAAGGGGGACUCUGGGAAAAUCGGUUUGCCGGGUGUUGAAGGCGUGAAGGGAGACAGAGGGGAGCCCGGGAAGCCGGGCGCUCCGGGAGGGUACCCAUUGACUUCAGACAACAAUGUCCUGACAAGGGUGAUCAAGGGGGAACCAGGAGACACCGGUCCGAGAGGAGAGACAGGUGUUCAAGGACCAAGAGGUCCAGAAGGGACGCCAGGACUCCCUGGGAAAUCUGCGGGAGGUUCUGGGAUCGGCAGAGAUGGUCUGGAUGGGUUGCCGGGACAACCUGGAAGCAAGGGCGAGCAGGGACAGAGAGGAGAGCAAGGACGGACUGGAGAGAAGGGCGAUCAAGGCAGGAUUGGUAUAGCGGGCAUGCCUGGUCUACCAGGGACUCCUGGAAGAUCUGGCAUUGAUGGGAAGAGAGGACAGGCAGGAAAGGAUGGAGACCGAGGGCUCAGAGGCGAUGACGGGAAAAAAGGGGAUAAGGGAGAAGCAGGGACUGAUGGGAACGAUGGUGUCAAGGGAGAACCGGGCCUCCCUGGGACACAAGUUCUAGUCACACAGGAGGGUGCCUCUCUGGAUGAUGUCAGACAGGCGUUACCCAUGCCGAUGGGCCCCCCAGGGGCUACGGGGCCACCAGGGAUGAAGGGAGACAAAGGAGAGAGGGGUUUAAAAGGAGAGAAGGGGGAUGCUGGACUUCCAGGCAAAGCACACGAGAUGGAGGACAUUGAAGUAAUGUUUGAAACCUACGGCAUAAGGCUGCCCCUGCUGAAGGCCCUGAUUGACAGGCUGCUUCAGGACGGCAUGGAGGAACUCCUGCAGGACCUGAGCACCUCCAGGAGGACCCUGGGAGAGAAGGAAAGACACGGUUCCAACAUCAUCUCUGAGUACACAAGCCCAGUCAAGUACGAGAUCUCCAACGAGCCGCUGACUGAGAUGGACACCAUUGAUGUGGAGGUGGACUCAGAAGUAAACACUCAGUUCCCAGAACCACCUUCUUCAGCUCUAAUAAAUGAAACAGUGGAGAGUCCCACAUUCUGGGGGAUCACCUCUAUACAUGGGGAACAGGACCCUGAAGGAAUCACAACCAGAUCCAAUCAAGACCUGGAAGGGAUCAGGACCAGAUCCAAUCAGGACCUAGAAGGGAUCAGGACCAGAUCCAAUCAGGACCUGGAAGGGAUCAGGACCAGAUCCAAUCAGGACCUAGAAGGGAUCAGGACCAGAUCCAAUCAAGACCUGGAAGGGAUCCGGUCUAGACCCAGUCAGGAUCUGGAAAGGAUCCGGUCCAGACCCAAUGGGACUGACACCAUGGAGGACUUCAGCACAGAUCCCUCUCUAAAGGCUACUCUGACCAUGACGAAUGCUACCUUCCAACACACCUCAUCUGAAACGAGGGUCUCAGGGCUCCCUGAGGAAGCAGUAGAGACGGUUUUCCUCAAGAGGGAGAGGCCGUGGCAGAGGGAGGCAGACGAGGAGAUCUGGGAGACGAGGGAGGAGAGGGAGGAGAGGGAGGAGAGUGACGUGGUGGAGAAGGAAAGAGCCGGAACAGAGCACGAAGGAGAGCAGGACCCUGACGCAGAGUUUGAGGAAGAGGAGGAGAGAAGCGGAGACUACGAUUGGGAGGGAGAGGAAGAUGUGGACAGAGAGACAGACAGGAUGGAGAUGGAGAGAGAAAGGGAGAGGGUGGAGAUGGAGAGAGAGAGGAUGGAGCUGGAGAAAGAGAGGGAUGAAGAGCUGGAGUUGGAAAGAGAGAAAAUUGAGAAGGAGAAAAUGGAGAGAGAGAAAAUUGAGAGAGAGAUCAUGGAGAGGGAGAAAGAGCUGGAAACAGACAGGGUAGAGACAGAGGGUCCGGGAGAAAGAGAUCUGGAUAGAGAGAGAGAGGAGUGGGAAAGAGAAAGGGAAGAGAUGGAAAGACAGAGAGGAGGAGAGGAGGGAUAUGAUGGGGAAGCAAGGGGAACAAGAUACCCUGGUCCAGAAUAUUUCCAUCUAAAGGGUGCCCCAGGGGAAAAUGGACUUCCUGGACCAAAGGGUGAAAUUGGCGAGAGGGGUCAAAAGGGAGAGCCAGGACUGGGCCACAGAGGCCCAGAAGGUCAGGCUGGACCACCAGGACAGAAGGGCGAGCCAGGUGAACCAGGCCCCCCUGGGGCUCAAGGUAUUCAGGGUAUCAGCGGUAACCCAGGGACGCCAGGUUCUCAGGGCCCGCGAGGCCAGCCAGGUGACCCAGGAGAGCCGGGGAGAGAGGGAGACAGAGGAAGGCGGGGGAAGAACGGCUCGCCUGGGACCCUCGGAGGACCCGGAGCACCUGGAGCACUGGGCCCGUCUGGCCUUCCGGGGACGAAGGGAGAGAAGGGUGACAACGUCCCAGGAGAACCUGGUGACAGAGGCAUUGCCGGGAUCCCAGGUCGAAGGGGUGAAAAGGGCACCACAGGAGUUAAAGGAGCAUUUGGACACGCAGGUCCAAAGGGCUUUGCUGGCAGUAAAGGGGAAAAGGGUGACAUAGGUCUGCCAGGAAUCACAGGCGAAAGGGGCAGCCCUCUCCAGAUCCAAGGGCCUCGCGGGUACAAGGGGGGCAAAGGAGAAGGGGGAGUUCGAGGAUCUCCGGGUUUCGACGGUGAUAAAGGAGAAAAGGGCGAGGAUGGACCCCCUGGGUUGAAGGGCCUCAAAGGAGACGCAGGAACCAAAGGAGGCGUCGGGCCCUUCGGAGCCAGAGGUCCAGUCGGCCAGAAGGGAGAUACCGGGGAGCCUGGAGCCAAUGGCGUCGUGGGUCGCAAUGGCAACAACGGAUUGGAUGGAGAGAAAGGGGACACAGGAGACGAAGGACAGCAAGGCCAGAAAGGAGACCAGGGCGACAUGGGCGAGCCAGGGUUACCGGGAGACACUGGGGAGAAAGGAGAGAAGGGCUUCCGUGGUCUCCCUGGACGCAUGGGCAGUCUGGGGUUGGAAGGAGACAAGGGGGAUAUGGGCUUUCCUGGCACCCCAGGAAACCCAGGUCUCAAUGGACUGACUGGCCGGAAGGGUGACAAAGGAGAUGGAGGCCUAAAUGGCGUGGAGGGUUCCCCAGGGGUGAGAGGAGAAAAGGGGGCCACAGGUUUCGCUGGGUUCCCAGGGUUCAAGGGGUCUUCAGGGGCCACAGGGAUGGAUGGAGAGCAGGGCCAUCCAGGGCCAGCAGGGCCCAGGGGCUCCCCAGGACACAAGGGAGAGAGGGGCAGGCGAGGUAGAGGGAAACCGUGCCAGAGGGGUCUUUCUGGCACCGCUGGACUGAAGGGGGAUAAGGGGAAGUUUGGACCAGACGGAGCCAAGGGAGACAAGGGAGAACCAGGCCUGUCGGUUGAGAAGAUGAAGGAACUGGUCACACAGGAGGUGGUGGAGAAGUGUGGGACAGACUACCAGCGGAUGGUUAAGUCCACAGGCCCUGCUACUGCGAGCUUGCUGGCUGGAGAUGGAAGAGAGCUGGGGGACGUAUCAUCCCUCACUCGCAGCCGGCCCGAGCAAGAAAGGGGGAAGGAGAGAGAGGAGAGAAUACUUGAAGAAGGAGUGUUGGGUUCCACACCCAGCUCUCCUCCACACAUCCCUUCACAGGUGGAUGGGACCCCACCCCAGGACAACCUCCCUGACUCUGACCUGGACGGGGGUGUGGAGAGGGCUCGGAGGCGCAGGAGAAGAGUUGAGAGAACGACAGGAUUGACCUUCGACCCCUGCCUGGAGCCGAUGACGGAGGGGGGGUGCUCAGAGUAUGCCCUGCUGUGGUACUACCACCCUGCCUCCGGGGCCUGCAGGCCGUUUGUGUACGGGGGCUGUGGGGGCAGCAGGAACAGCUUCGCCACCAAGCAGCAGUGUCAGGUGCAUUGUGGGAAGGAGAGGCCAGGUCUUGAGCCCAGAAGGUGAAGUGGCAGUCAAGACUGCAGUUUUUUUGUAAAUGACCAAAUGUACAUUCUUAACAUUUUUCUUUUGAGUCGAGUUUCUCAUUUGUAUUUAAAGUAAACUAAGUUUAACUAUCAGAUCAUUUUACACUCACCAUUUGUUUGUUAUGAAUAGUUUUUCAUAUAUUAUUUGUAAUUGUUUGGAGAAACUGUAUUUUUACUGAGGGUUGAUUUGAUUUUGAUUUAUAAACAUCACUGAAUAGCCUUGAGACUACUGAUAAAUGGGUCAUUUCACUGUAUAACGCAUACCAUAACAAGCAAUGAAUGAUUUUUACAACUGUGAUACUGUGUACGUGAAUCGAUUUUACAAACUUGACUGUGAGUGUUACAAAAUAAAGUGUCUCUGUU